AUGUCGUCGAGCUUUACUGAUCCGAUCGAUAGCCAAAGUGAAUCAGAAAAUAAUUUUAUUACGAGCUACAUGAUGGAAGUUGAAGAUGACGCUCCUUUGGCUACCGAAGCACAAGGCGAUCAAGAAUUAAUGCAACCAUACCAAGACGAACCAAUUGCUGACACUGAAUGGGUAGAAAACUAUUACGAAGAAAGGCGCAAUCAAGACGAUAGGCUUCGAGUACUUAGAGGCCGGCUCGAAGGACGUGUAUCUGUUGAAGGCUGGUGUGGAUGUGGGAAUUGUAAAACCGACUUGUUGCAAAACGAAAAAGAGAGUAAAUGUUGCCAAGAAGUAGAAGGCUGUGGCGAGGCACUCAGCAGUGAUAUUAUCAUGCAAGAAAUGAGUGCGGUCCCUAAAUGCAUCACACUUCAUCCUGGCUUUAGCGAUGUGUGUUUAUCUAUUUGGUCAUUGCGCUUAGCUGGGCCAAAGUUUAGAAGAAUCGACAGACAAAAGUAUAAAAUGGGUAGCGACGAAAACAGAUAUCUUCGAAGUGUUGCAUACAGACAAUAUAUACAACUUGUUUAUGGCUACUUAGGAAAAAGACGAAUACCACUGCCUGCAUGUGCCUAUCAUGUAAUACGCAGCAAAUUCAGUGGAAAGGAAUACCAGGGAUUUGAUGAUGAUCCACUCCUUGCUCCAGCUACCAAUAAGAAAUUGUCAAAACAUCCAACAUUACUACCUGGUGAGAAGAUUUUGCUGCAGCAAGAUGCAAUAUGUGUUGAAACAUAUCUCUCUCCUGUGGAAGGAACGUUGCAUCUUACAACAUUUAGAGUUAUAUUCAGUGGUUCAUCACCGGAUGUAGAAGACGAGGCCAUUGGUGGUGACCACCAUACAUCCCUUGUAUCCAAGAAAAAUAGCAGUCAGUUUGGGAAAAAGAAAGGGUUUUCAGAUACACUUGAGAGGUUUAGAGAAAAAGCACAGCAUUUCCAAAAGAACUUGCAACAUUCAAAAUCAUGUCGCACGUUAAGAUCGACUUACAAGGGAAAGUCACAAUUUACAUUGAACAGAUCACAUGAAAAUAACGUCGUUCAAACUUCCUGUGGAGAAAAUUUAGACGACAAUUGUAAGUUGAUUUCUCUACAGCCCGUAGACACACCGGAAUCCGAUGAAACAGAGAAAGAUCUUGUUCAACAUGACAUCAUCGUAUCUAUUCCAUGUACAAAUGUUUACGAUAUUCACAAACUACCUAAGAACUCACUCGUGAAGGACCCGAGAUUUUUUGGGUUUGGUGAUGGCAUUGAGCUCAUGUGCAGUACUCUGCAGGUUUAUAAGUUUUGUCUUCCACAAGGUUCUGAUUACAAUGCGGAUAAACUCGCCGCAAUAUUUUCAAAGUAUACAAAACACCUGCUACGGCCUUGUUUUUCUGGAAAUGUGAGGCAGAAACAAUGUACUCCCAGCCAAAGAAAGUCGCCUUCUAAAUGGUUUGCAAUCGCAUAUAGAGAAGCAAUAUCUCACACGCGUUCGUGUGAUAUUUUAUAUUCAAGAACAUCACAGAAUUUUUAUGAUUUUGAAGUCGAGUUUCGACGCCUGGGUUUGCUGACAUUGGAUUGUUGGAGAGAAUAUUGUAAGCGUUCGUUAUCAAGAAAUUAUUUUCAACCAUCUACUUUCAAUAGUUUAAUGAUUUACUUUCCAUGCAUAUAA